CCCUGCCUGGAAGAAGGACCGCUGCUUAGGGAGGGGUUGUGCUCUCUGGAGGUCUGUACAGCGCCCAGCACACGCAAGGAGGGGGCUGAGCCGCUGGAGGGGAAGUGGAUGAACGUGGAAGGAGCGCGGGGGAAGGAAUAUAGUGUAGUAAAUGGCGGCACAGUGUGUCACGAAGGUAGAGCUGACCAUCUCUUGUAGCAAUCUCCUGGAUAAAGAUGUUGGAUCCAAGUCGGACCCACUGUGUGUUCUGCUUCAGCACACAAGUGGACAGCAGUGGUAUGAGGUUGAUCGCACAGAAAGAAUAAAAAACUGUUUGAGCCCCAAAUUUUCAAAGAGAUUUCUAAUUGAUUACUACUUUGAGCUAGUUCAGAAGCUCAAAUUUGGAAUUUUUGACAUUGACAAUAAAACAGUUGAUCUGGGUGAUGACGACUUCUUAGGCGAAUUUGAAUGCACACUUGGGCAGAUUGUUUCUAGCAAGACACUUACCAGGCCGCUAGUGUUGAAAAAUGGCAGACCUGCAGGAAAAGGAAAAAUUACGAUUACUGCUGAAGAAAUAAAGGAUAACCGAGUGGUCAUAUUUGAAGUUGAAGCAAGGAAGCUGGACAAUAAGGAUUUUUUUGGGAAAUCCGAUCCUUACUUGGAGUUUCACAAGCAGACCUCUGAAGGAAACUGGCUGAUGGUGCACAGAACAGAAGUUAUUAAAAAUAACUUGAAUCCUGUCUGGAGACCAUUUAAGAUCUCUCUCAACUCUUUGUGUUAUGGAGAUAUGGACAAAACAAUCAAGGUUGAGUGCUACGAUUAUGACAGUGAUGGGUCACAUGAUCUCAUAGGGAUCUUUCAAACCACAAUGUCAAACCUGAAGGAAGCAUCUCGGCACUCGCCAGUUGAAUUCGAAUGCAUCAAUGAAAAGAAGAGGCAAAAGAAGAAAAGCUACAAAAACUCCGGCAUCGUGAGCGUUAAGCACUGUGAGGUUAUCAUUGAAUGUACUUUCCUUGACUACAUCAUGGGAGGGUGCCAGCUGAAUUUUACUGUUGGCAUUGACUUCACUGGCUCUAAUGGAGAUCCUCGCUCUCCAGACUCCCUCCAUUACAUCAGCCCUAACGGAGUGAAUGAGUACCUAACUGCCAUUUGGUCUGUGGGGAUGGUCAUCCAAGACUAUGACGCAGAUAAGUUGUUCCCAGCUUUUGGAUUUGGAGCUCAGAUCCCUCCCUCAUGGCAGGUGUCACAUGAGUUCCCAAUAAACUUUAACCCGUCAAACCCAUUUUGCAGUGGAAUCCAAGGUGUUGUAGAUGCAUACCGCGUCUGCCUCCCUCAAGUAAAAUUGUAUGGGCCCACCUACUUUUCUCCAAUAAUAAACCAUGUGGCUAAAUUUGCUGCAGCAGCUACACAGCAAAGAACAGCCUCACAGUACUUUGUGCUCCUGAUAAUCACUGAUGGCGUAAUAACAGACAUGGAUGAGACCAGAUCUGCCAUAGUUAAUGCAUCCAAGCUUCCAAUGUCCAUUAUCAUUGUUGGCGUUGGAGGAGCUGAUUUCGGUGCCAUGGAGUUCCUUGACAGUGACAGCGGAGCUCUGCGAUCUCUCUCGGGAGAGUCUGCUAUUAGAGACAUUGUCCAGUUUGUGCCUUUUAGACAGUUCCAAAAUGCUCCCAAAGAAGCUCUUGCUCAAAGUGUCCUGGCAGAAGUGCCGCAGCAAGUGGUGAACUACUUCAGCACCUUCAAGCUCCAGCCUCCAAGCAAGCCUGCAGCAAAGCAAGAGGAGAGCUGAGCAGCAGAAGCAACCAUCAGUGCCCGAGGUGGGGAAUCCCUGUACACCGACCUCUGCAGUGCCAACAGAUCGUGGUGGACAAGAGGGCCUUUUUAAUACAUUGCAUAAAACAUAUGAACUAUUAAGAUAGCCUUGCUCAUUUUUGUUCUGUAUUGCCAAAGAAGCCAUUUUGUUUAACAAUCUGUUGUAGAUGAGAUUGGAGGGUGGGGGGACACCAGUUUAGGCAUACAAAAGUCACAAACUACACACAUCCCCAGGAAGGGCAGAACAGUUACCUUUUUUGCCAUAACAUGUGCAAACAGCAAAUUUUUCUAGUAGUGCUUAAGAAAACACAGCACAAAACUUUGGUGUGUCUUUGAAACUGUUGUGCUGCAGCCAUCUUGACUUGUUAUUUUAAGAAAAUCUUGGCUGCUCCAGACUCGCAUAAGCUUAGUAUACAAUAUUCAAGUGUUUCGUAGAGAAACAUCAAGACCAGGAUAGUUUGGAAAGGUUUUAAAAGCAACUAUCUUCAUUUUGCCCCAGUGACUUGUAUAUUGUUUUUCUGGGCCAUUUCUGAACAUUUGUAACUUUAUAAAGCAUUAAGUAAUUGAAAACUGAGUAUUAUGUGGACUCUGGAACUGAACUGUAUUAAGACUUUCAGGUGCAAAUUGUGUUGUUAUUUUAAACCAGGGUAAGUGUCUUACAUUAAUGUAACAUUGCCAACAAUUUAGUUACUCUCUGCUCCACAUAGAGGAUAUAAAUAAGAUCCAGAUUUUUCAGUAUAUAUAAUGUUAAAAACCCAGUUGACUUUUGAGAAAUAUAAUUAUUGUAAAGUGAUAGCAUCUAUUAUGAAUUAGGAAACCCAGUCUGUACUUUUUAUCUGUUUUAAGCUUUAUAGAGGGGGAAAUCUAUAUGCUACUGAAUCUGUAUAUUUUUUACACUUCAAGAAGGCAUCAUCUUGUCUUGGUUUAGCUAGUUGCAGGAUGCCUCUCUCAUCUUUGUUCAGUAGUGCAAAAUUAAGUUUCCCCAUUGCUGAACAGCAGGUGGCCCAGAGUGGCUAGAUAUAUUUUUUCCUUCUGCACAAGAUCUAAUUUUUAGGUGGUGGUUCUUCUUUAGUGCUUUACUGCUAUUUCUUUAUUGACUGCUAGGGAAUUAGUGCUUGAGUUUCACCUGCAUUCAACAUUUCCUCAUCCCAAAAUGCACAUUGAUUAGUAGCCCAAGAGGCUGUUUUUGAAAACAGUUUCUUGUGUUAAGUUUGAUAAAAGUAUUGCAGUAAGCCAGAACUGUGCAUAAUAUUUCUGUUAGUUUUGUAUAUGCUGUAAGUGAAAUUGAUUGGGCUGAGCUGUCUGAAAAUAGUUUUGAAAUACAUAGUAAGAUAAAUUGUGUAAGCCAAUUGUGUGGCAAAAACACAAAAUCAAUGUUAACAGUGCAGAGCCUAGAACCUAGCAUGCUUAGACCGAGAUCGCCUGCUUUCAAUCUUUGUGCUUUGCUUCAUGAUCAUGUUAACUCAACAUAUCUAUAACUUAUAAUAGGUGUCUGUUAGGUUGAUGUUUUUAAUGGUGUCCAAUAAAUGCCAUAUCUAAUUUGUGGAUAAGUCAAAAUAGUAAUUCAUUUAGAAAUAUCUAUUGUUGCUCUAACUGAAGAUGUUUUUCCCAUAAAGGAUAUUCUACAUUGAAGCAUAUCUUCAAUGGGUCUCUUGUAGAAGCCUAUUGAGAACUUUUAGUUUUUGUUAUGUAAACUUUGCAAACAUUUGGGUAACUGUUUUUAUUUUGGUUAGGGUUUCUCAGUCGAUAGCAAAGCUAAACAGAGUCUCUGAAAUGUGGAAAUACAUUGUGCAGUCAGAUAUUAUUAUUUACUGGAUUAUAAUUGCCCUGCUUCAAAAUUAACCAUGCCUGGAGUUUGAGGAUAUCAGGGUUAGAAUACAACCUGGUUUGCAUGUAAUGACAGCCCAUGGGCUAAACAACCCAUGAGCUGUUUUGCAUGAGUGAGAGAGAGAGAGCAGGCCACCUUCCUCUUCUGCUUUUACACAGCAAUUCACAAUCAGCUCCUUUGUAGGUUGCUGAGCGUGUUAUGCAAACCUGGACCACUGGGUUGCUUAGGGGUUCAACCCAAUAGUUAACCUAUGGUUUGUUGUUGGGUUAACUGCUGGGUUGUUUAGGCCUGAUACAACCCAGCAGUUCAGGUUCACACAUCAUGUUCAGCAACCUACAAAGCCAAUUUUGGGUUGCUGAGCACAAGCAGAAAUUGCAGCGCACCUGCUUUCUUCUGUUCAUUCCCAACAGCCAGUGGAGUUGUUUAACCCAUGGGCUGUCAUAUCAUGCAAUCUGGUCCAUUUUCUUUGUGAAUCUAGCAGUCCUGCAAAUGCCCUCAUCAUUGCAACGAAACCCUGCAGUAAAGUCUGAAAUUCUCCAUCUGUGAUUUUGUUAAUGCAUCAUAUGUUUGUUUUCAAACUUGGAGCAAGAAAAAGAAAACAGCAUCUUACUCAGGUGCCCACUUCCACAUUCCUUUCUGUCCAUUAAAUGUCUAAUCUGUGCCUUUUUCAUCUUAAAACAGGCUGUUCUAUAGCUAUAGUGUACCCUGAAUCAUGCAGAGUUUAUAAUUGACUGUUACAUCUACUGCAGUGUUCCUCCUUUUCACAUCUCUUAGUAAAAUAAUAUAUCAAUAGCAAAACGCUUGAGAUAUUAAUAGAAUAUUUACUUAAUGGCAAAGUUUUAUUUUAUGUCUCUUCUUCCUAUGCUUCUUCAGGAUGGAUUUCCUGACAACACAUUAGCACCAUCUUGUGGUAGAAUUUAAUUAUUGUCAUUUCUAUAGCCAAAGCAAAAUCUACGUCUAUUUUCAAAGCAAAGAAAAUUGUCUUGUAUUAUAGUCUUUGUGUGUACUGCACCAGACCUUUGGGUUUCCUUUCCUCUGAAGUCAGUAAUUCUAGCUGCCACUUGCUUUUUCUUUUCUCCUAAACCACCUCGUUCAUAUGGACAUGUAACUUGCAUGUGUAGCAACUAAUGCAAGCCUGAGGGGGAGGGGGUCCUUAACCAGAGAUAUGGUGUGCACAUAGCGAAUUUGUACAUUAUGCUCUUACAAAUACCUACUUCUAGUUAUUUGGUGAAAUUAGCUCAAACACUCCUGCAAAGUCCCAAAAGUUAAGACUCAAGAUGGAUCAAAACAAAGGGAACAAUAGUUUGGUUCCAGAGAAUGAAUAGAAAGUUCAAGGAAGUUCUUUGCCUCUAGAUCAAUUUACAUUUGGCUGGCUGUUCGGUGUCAUAGUAGUGCAAUAUUCAAAACAAAAGGUGUCAUUAAGGGUGCCGAGGUAGUGCUUGUCCUUGUUGACUGACCCACAAGUUGGGGAAUGCUUCAAGAUUUGUCCCAUUUUCCUGCCUGGGCUUUUGACUGGCCAAUCCCAAGGUACCUUGUGGGUUAGUUAGACAUGUGGUGGCAUGGCAAUCCAGUAGGGAUUUGCAUGUUUCCAUGGUUACAGGGAGCAACUCUCUUUCAUCAGAGGGAAGCAGCUAUGUUAUGUUACUCCUACACCUUUGUGGCAGUUCCUUGGCAGUUUUUCAGUCUGCGUCCUGGAACAAAAUUGAAUUCUUCAACCAAGGUGUUAAUGCCAAUUAAAUCGGUAGCAAACAGUACAAGUGUCAGAGAGCAAGCAUGUCUGAAAUUCCUCUGUGACAAAGAGUAGGCAGCCUGGUGCUCUCCAGAUGCUUUUGAUUAGAGCUCCCAACUGCCCCAGCCAGCAUAGCCAACGCUCAAGCGUUGUGGGGGUUCUAGUCUAACAUAUCUGAAGGGCACCAGGGCACCUACCCCUGCACUAUACUAUUGCUUGUAUCAUACUGUUCCUUGUAUUUGAUGAUGAUGUUGACUUCAGAUGUGAUAUGAUCCUGGUGCCAUAUUCCACAAUAUAUUAAAGUCAUCUUAUGUUCCAACA